CCUCUGGCCCGGAAUUUUGAUGACGUUAAAAUUUACAAAGAUGAUAAUUGAUUAAUGAGGUGUGUUUUAAAUAACAUUUUAAUUAGUUUUAAUUUUGCUAAAAACUUUAUUAGUUCGAAAGUGUGAUUAGUGUGACCUACUUUAGGGGAAAGUAUUUAGUAUAGAUUCGAGAUUAGCGACAGUGGUAGAGGUGUAAACAUUGUAUAAAAUAGUGGGACAUACUUUUUAGACAGUACCCAAAUAUUAAAAUGAUCGAAAUUUAUCUCAAAGCACUGAUAUUACAUACAUUAAAAAAUAAACACUGAAGCUCAUAUUUUAUAUAUUUACAUGGUUUAAAAGUUUCAAUUCCUACAUGUUAAUAUAGAUGUAGUUAAAUGCAACAGUGGUGUCAACCAUUUGAUGGAGCGAAGGGAUAUUAGAGAGAGAGAGAGAGAUAGAAAGAAAGAGAGAGAGAGAGAGAGAGAGAGAGAGAGAGAGAGAGAGAGAGAGAGAGAGAGAGAGAGUGUGUGUGGUCGGAAAGUGUGGAGAAGGGGGGGGGGGGGGGACUCUAAAAUAAUCUGUAAAAUCCUUCAUUUAUUGGGUCUUGAGGUCGACUGAGAAGCGCCAUCUAUGAGACGUUCGGAGAGGGAGAAAUUACUUAAUAACUUUUAAGGCAGUUAUGUUAUCUGUAAAACAAAAGAACAAACUAUUUAUUAUUUUUAAAACUAAAUAUUUAUUUUAAAUAAAUAUAUAAAUCUAAAAACUAGUCAUUUAAUUUUUUAAAAACUUAAAUAUAAAUAAAAAUUGUAUUAUAUUUUAUGAACCCUCCUCCUUAGCCUUUUGUCUGUGAGCGUCCCUUGCAACGGAGCGGGCAUCAAGUCAACUACACUACUAGUGUUGGUACAAUCAACACUCACUUCGUUAGUUUAUUGUCUAGUCUAAAACAUUAAUAGUUAAAUAAAAUGCCAAGGCGAGCACUCAGGUGCAUUGUUGAUCUUCAGAUUCAGGCGGUAAGCAGCUUUUAUAUUUUUUUGUAUCACUUCAUCGGAUCUUGAUCUGGGAAGGGAUCCUAUUCCUAUCCAUUGAAUUCAAGCCCAAGCUCAAUCAUAUUGAAAAUAAUCGAUAAUUAUUAGUGUGUUAGUGUUCAUAUAGGAAUGUAUGUUUCAUACAUGUCCUGUCAUGCAUUAUUUAAAGUCCCGCUAUUUAAUGGUCUAGUUAUAGACUAAAAGUGUUGACAAUUUUCAUAGUAAAAUUACAAUAAAUUACAUUUCUCCUCUCUAUAGUCUACAUUUCAACAUGUAAUUAAUAUUCUCAAAAGAACAUACUCAUUCCCUGACAACUACUAAGUUAAUUAUUACUUAUUAAAAGUGAAAAGUGACACUCACUAAGUAACCCUAUAUACUAUAUUCAAAACGGUCAAAUGUUCAAUGUCUAUUUAUAUGAAUUAUAAAUAAAUUAUGCUAAUAAAAAGAUAAUUUUGAAUUGAUUAAAACAAGCUGCUAGAAAGUAUACAUAAUUAUAAAUUAUAUGUGGCAAUGUGCCACUAUUUGUAACAUUUUAUAUGCUGCAGUAUGCCACUGAUAAGAAUUAGAGUUAGAGAAUACACUCUCAUAGUGUAACUGCUGUGGGUAACCCCAAGCACAUACACAUCCAUGGUCAUUUAAAGUAACACACAGCUGUGUACUGGGCCUUAAAUUUUAUGUUUGGUUAUUUACAUACAUGAAUAACCAUCUCUGCCCCGGGGUUGACCCAUAAUUAGCUUGUAACGCUGGUUCCCUGUGACUUUGUGCUAUGUAAGGCGGGUGAUUUAACCCGUGGAUGUGGAAAGAAUACUUCGGGUCAGCUACAUGUGUGAGAGAUUUGACUGUCUGUUCAACGGCUUGUACCUCAAGAUUAAAAGCUAUAGUUCUCAGACCUGCAUUUCAUUGUUUGUGUAUUUAAACUGUAAAAUAAGCCACGUCAACACAUGGCUACAUAUAUUAAUCGUAUUUAUAUAUUGCUAAUGAAAAAUUGAGUUUAAAAUCUAUGUGCCCUAAUUAAUAGUGUACAAAAACAUAUUAAAUAGUAUGUAUAAUAAUAAUUGCCAACACUGUAGUUCUUGUUUAGAGUAAGCAAAGAGACUAACAUGUGAGAAGACUUCUGACAAGAACAGCUCUCUCAAGUCAACACUUUAGUGAUAAAUGUUUCAUAUUUUGUGUAGCUUCAUUUUACAAAGAUGUAUUAUCCUCUUUAAUACAGAAUUUUAAAAAUGAUUUGGUAUAAAAUAAUAGGCCUAUAAUUUAUAUGAUGGUACACAUUUUUAAAUUUCUAUAGUGUCUUCCGAUUCUCUUCUUCUAGCAAAGAGCUUCCAUUUUAUUUAAGACUUAUAUAAUGGAUCUCAAUGUUCAAAAUUUAUUUUGAGAACUCCAUGCCAUUAGCAUAACCAGCAUAUUUUUGAAAGAAGACUUAAGAUAUAAUAUUUUUAAAACCAUUUUCCAGUGGGACCUACUGGGUAUGUGUCGACAAGUCCUCCUAUGUGUGGCUGGCCUGACUCACCAAGUCAUAUUUUUGGAUAGCAUAAAACUCAAGUCCUUUUUGCAGCCUUCAUAAUCACUUUAAUUAUAAAUGAAAUACUAUAUAUUAAUGUUUGUACAGCAAAAACAGUGUUGUAACAAUGUUUUGUUAUAUUUUUAAGUUGUGUAAAUCCUCUUAUUUAAAGUACUAAACUUAUUCUCAUAUGUUGACACUUUAUCAAAUGUAUUAAAGGCGGCAUAGCUGUAAUGUCUUAAAAUAAUGUUAUAAAAUGUGCUUAGCAUAAACUUAAGGAAUUAAACUGGUUACCCUUUUCUUUACUAACUAGUGGUAAGUAAAUACUGUUUACUUUAAAUAUUUUACUAAGAUAUCUUUCCACGGUUAUAUUUCUUUCCAUCUUUCUUUGUCUCACAGGUGUCAGCCCCUGGUGUGUGGCUUCCAAGUAAAGAAGAUGUCUAUCUCAGCGUUUCCCUUUUUAAUCAGUACAGAAACACCCGCCUCCUCACUUCAAUAUUUCCUUUAUUGGUUCAUGAAAGGUUUCAGUUUGAAAAGGUAUAGAAAACAAGAGAAAAUUAAUCUAGUAGAGAAUACUUUCAAUCUAGUACUGAACCCACUUAUUUCUUAACGAAUAAAAAUAUAAGUAAUGAAUUUUUUAAAAUACUUUAAAAAAAAAAAAAUUUAGAGAGAAGACUCCAAGACUCACCAUGUUUAAUUAAAACUUACAUCUUUAUAAGAAAAUUUUCAAUAAAGUGGAAACAUACUUCUUCAACAUAAAACAUUCUGACUUUGUACAGUGACUAAAUUUGUCAAAUAAUAUGAAUGAAAUUUAUUCCCUCAGACCUACUAUACUGCAGUAGAUCCAUCUCAUGUGACUGAAAUGUUAGAAGGUUUGUAAAAUUCAUGUUAGUUCUUAAAGCAGAUUAACCUUUUGCAUUCUGGGGCCCCACACUAGUCGAUCAUUCAAAAAGGAUGCCAGCAGAGAUUGGGGAGCUGGGGCUGUUCAGAUGCAGACAAUUAGAGGGGGAUGGGGUGUAAAGGAUCUUGCGGACAUCCACAGGCCUGCUUUUUUUAUAUGCUGCUGCUUUAGGCCCACUGUGUGUAUUCCUCUAUAGCUGAUCUAUUGGGGAAAUUUUGAAAACAAUUAUAAUCAGAAACCACCAAGAAGAUAGUAAAAAAUACUGUAUAUUUGGUUGCUAUUUGUCAGAAUUGUAAACAAGGAGAGUUCGUUCUCACGUUGACUUUUAUCAAAUGAUUUAUAUUAGAUGCAGUCCUUAAUUUACGUAAGCAGAAAAGUCAAACUUUAGACUUCCCUUGAUGCAUCCAUCCUUUUUUGGGCAUCCCCUCUUAUUCUUAGGUACAAUGAGCCCUCCCCCCCCUCACCCCCAACCACCCAAAAGAAUAUAUUUAUAAACGAUUAUAAUCAACAAUGUAAGUCAAGUCAAUGUAUUCCAGUAAUUCAUAACUUGUGGCAGUACGCCCCACAGGGAGUCAAUUUGUUGAAUUUAGGAGCACAUAUAAUAGUUUGGGACAGUGUAGUUAGAUAGCAGUGGGUAGGGGGAGCAGUCCGCCUUUGGCAGCAUUUUUUAAAAUUUAUAUUAAAGGGCAACAUUGUAAGCCAUCUGCAUGGUUUUUCAUAACAGUUGGUGGCUAAAAUAUUUGCCUUCCUGGAGGGGGGAGGGGUGCACUAAACCUAGCUCUGGGACAUAGAGAGUGUAUUUGUUUUUUCAAAAAAAAGGGGGGGGGGGAGCAGGUAAUGAAUAAACAUGAUUUUUUAAAGUUAAUGAUGUUUAUUGUUUUUCAUAUAUUUUUUCAUAACAGUUGGUGGCUAAAAUAUUUGCCUUCCUGGAGGGGGGAGGGGUGCACUAAACCUAGCUCUGGGACAUAGAGAGUGUAUUUGUUUUUUUAAAAAAAAGGGGGGGGGGGAGCAGGUAAUGAAUAAACAUGAUUUUUUAAAGUUAAUGAUGUUUAUUGUUUUUCAUAUAUUGCAAAACAAAUAUAUUUAACUUAUUUGUAAGUUUUAUCCUGCAAUGAAGAAUCAAUGGUGGCAAAAUGGAAAUUCAAUUUUCUUAAUGGCAAAAUGAAGACCUUUUUUUGUUCUUACCUUUUGGUAAGGGGGUGGGGUUAUAGAAUUUUGUUAUCUGAUCACUUGGGGCAUGGAGUAAAAAACAAAACUAGGGGCGCAUUGCUGUAAGCAUGUUAAAAUUGAUCCCCACCUCCCAAUUUUCUGCCGGUUGCGCAGCUGUUUUAUUCAGCAAAACAAAUAAUUAAGCCAAAAAUUAUGCCGUAGAAUUACUUAUGUUGGACUUAAAGUUGUCACUAGGCUGACUAUUACUCUUGUGAUAUAUAGCAAGUGUAAACACUGAGCAACAGUAGGAUGAUAAAUAUGAAACAUUUGAGUGUUGUCUUUUUUAGACUAAAAAAAUAAUUAACCAGUAUCGAUUUCACAAAUAUCAGAAUUUCAGAAUAAUAAUUAAAUUUAUAUACUUUCUUCAGAACCUCAGUCCAACACCCCACCCCCGCACCAGGAUGUUAAAUCUACUAAAUCAACAAUCCCUCCCCUACAUUGAGUACAUAAUCUGGUGACUCUUUGCACUUUAUAAACAUUAUAAUUCCUGGAAUUUUGUACUGCAAAUGCUGUAUAUGCCUGCGGACGUCUGCAACCAGGGGGGGUGGGGGUGGUGGGAUAAGCCAUAUGCUGAUAAGUGUGGACAAGGGGUGGAAAAGAUGCAUAUUUUAUGCAGGUGUUCUUUAUGGUCAACCCCUAGUUGUGUAUGGAUUAAUUUGGAAAAUUAUUAAACACUAGAAAUGAACAGCAAAACAAUUGGGGUGGCAAGGCAUGAAUUUCCCAUCUACUAAAGCUACUUGACAAAACAUGCAUUCAGGUAACACGGUUUGUAAGAAUCCCAAUUAGGGCUAACUUAUAGGAAUUUUAUUUUGCAUGUCCAUUGAGCACAGUGCUACAGUCAUAAAUUCAAAGCUAAUAAUUAUUAUUUGUGAUUUUAAAGAAUUAUAUACCUGGAUUAAAAAAGUUAAUCUUCACAUGAAAUUACCCAAUUUGAAUAUAAAUUUUCCAUUAAUAAGUUUCAAUUUCUUUUUUCUUUCAUCCAUUGAAAUGUGAUAUCAGAUGAACUAGUUAUAUUUGAGCUUGUUCAGCUAUCGGAGUACACCGAUGGAGCUGUUAGACUUGCAUCCUUCUCAACCAAUGCCAGGGAUUUUCUUUACCCUUACCCAACAUUAGCACCAUCUUAUUCUGCUCAUGAAAGAGAAAUUCUUAUGUGCAGGACUAUAGCUUUUCCUGUGAGUAAAAUCUUAUUUAGCAUUUUCAAGUGAAUAUUUAUUCACUUUACUUUAUUAACAGCUAUUUCAAGUUUCAUAGAUGCCAACCUCUUGGAUGUAAAAAUACUUCUAAAACACUCACAAAAAUGCUGUACACAGACUCCCAAAAACACUGUACACAGACUCCUAAAACACUAUACACAGACUCUGAAAAAUCUGUACACAGACUCCCCAAAAAAUUGUACACAGACUCCCCAAAAAUUGUACACAACACAAACUCCCCAAACACUUUACACAAACUCCAGAAAAAUGAAGAAUAAAUAAAAAUAAUUUAAAUAUUUUUAUGAGUAUAUUAAAUAAAAAAAUAUAUUUUUAAAUUCAUUCAGAAAAUGUAUGUUUAUUUUAGAUUUACACCAAAUGAAUUGUAAUUAUGUUUUAUUACUGAUUAAAAUGUUCUCACAGCUACUGCAAUGAUGUUGAGGUAUGGCCUCCAGAUCUAUUCAUCAGUGAUUCCCACAAUAAUUAACUAUAGGCUCAAUAACUACAUGUGUAGAAAUGGCAUAGCAUCAUAUACAUAGAUAUGGCUUAUUCAUUCUUCGUUGCAAAAAGUUUACCAUUGGAUAUCAAUGUAAAAAGAAAAAAAAAAAAUUGAACUUCUAUGUUUAAUUUUUUUUUGUUAAACCCUUUUACAGGGCAUAUCACCAAAACUUGAAUUCUCCACUAAAACAAUCAUCAAAGAAUCCAUUUCACCUGAGCUUGAUGCACUAGAUGAUGCAGUUGAAAUGGAAAGGGUAAGCCAAAAUAUAUUUUCAAAUUAAAAAUAAUAAUUAAUGGAUAGAUACAGGAAAUAAAUUAGUAACUUAACCUCCCUCAUAUAACCUAUGAAACUUAAGUCUGAAGUUUAUUUUCAUUUAUAAGAAAUCUUAACUUACAUAUUUUUUCCCAUCAUAAACAAAAUCAAAUACAAUUUCUUUAUUAACUUUAGGUUUGAAUUUUUUAUUGACUUUUUUUAUUCAUGUAAAAAUGAUUUAAAAAAGAAUUAUUUGUAAAGUAGAUAGAAUUUUUGCAGCCUCAUCAAAGAUUAGCACAAGGCAACAAUAAUAAAUAUUAGUUUGAUGAAACUAAAUAAUAAUGAAAGGUUAAUAUUUUUCAACCAUUUUAAAAUAAUAAAUUUCAAUCACUUAGUCUUAAUUUAAAAUGUCAAUUAAUUUAAUUUUUAAAAAUAAUUUUUUUUUUGAUUAUUCUUUGAAUUAGGAGUCUCGCCAAAAAACUCGUAGACGACCAACUUCAAGAGCAAGGUAAUAACUUAAAUGAAUGCAGUUUUUGGUUUUAAUAGGGUAACAACAUAUAAAUUCUGUAAAAACUUCCAUAAAAUCACUUUUUUAAAUGAAAUAUUUGCAGAUUCAAAAUAUUUCUGUUAAAGACAACAAUGAAUAAUGACAUUUGAAGAUGUUAACUCAUCUAAAAUUUGAAAAUGUUAACUCAUCUAAAAUUAAUGAAUGAUUUUUUCUUAAAAAGGGAUAAAAAAAAAUUAUACUGUAUGCAAACUUGUGGUUAUUCUAUGUUAACAAUGAAAAUGAUAACAUUUAUUCAUCUAUUUUGAUCUCAGAGUACAUUAUGAGAAAAUGCAUUUCAACCACUUGAAAUAAAAUCUCAUUUAUUUCUCAGUCCAUUAAAAUUUAUGUCAUGAUUCAAUGUUAUAAUUUAUGAAGAUUGGAAAGAAAACUCCAGAAAAUCCCAGGUCAUUUUUACUUUUGAAUGUGGAAAAUUAAAUAUUAUAGCAAGCCAACCAGAGGAGAUAGAUAUGAGCAGUUUCUUUAUUUUGUCUUAGUAUUUGAUAACAAUGGACAUUGAUAUGAGCAGUGUGUUCAUUUUUUCAUUACAAUGAACAUAGAUAUGAGCAGUGUCUUUAUUUGUCUUAGUACUUGAUAACAACGCACACUUUUUAUUUCCAGAUGAAAAUCAACGCAUUUUUAAAUGGUUACAUUAAAAACAUGUAUAGCUUAUUGUUUUUUAAUAAUAUGUUCCCAUUCAGUUGUAUGUGCUUAAAGUAGGUAUGAAUGUUUUAUAUUUAUUUUUAUUUAAUUUGAUCUUUUUGUUUGCAUUUAAUUUACAUUAAUAUUGCUAUGAAAUUAAGCAAUUUGACAUGCUGAAAUAUUAUUUUGAUUGAUAUUUUUAAAUUGAUAUAAAUUUAUUUAUUAACAUUCCAGUUUUGAAGUACAGCUAUAACUAAACAUUGAUGCACAAAUAAAAGGAAUGAAUUUUAGCAUAUAUAGCACAAACAAUUUUCAAUAAGCAAAAUUUAAAAAAAAAAAUUCUUUCAAAAUAAGAAAGCGCUGUCUAAUAAUAACGUUAUGAUAUUUUUAGUGUACUGAUACUAGACUUCUCUGUGUUAAGAUUUGAAAUGAAUGGCCAUUUAGUUUAUUUAUUUGAAAAAAUAAUUUGACAGAUAUUCAGAGAUUUUAUAGCUAACUAAAUUAAAUCUUAAAAAUAGAUGUGCUUUUCUAUUGUUUACAGAGCGGAAGACCUUCACCAUUAAAAAUUACUUUUUCUCUAAUACAGUUACAGCCCCUGUCUGGAAUAUUCUGAUAGUGAUGAAUAUGAAGAAGAGGUUUGGCCGAACCAGAGACUGAAACACUGGGGAAGGAAUAGUGCUGAGGACAGAUGUCCUCCUCAUUAUUGUAUGCCCACUGUUAGUUCCCUUUCUCGUUCUAGGUCUGUGUCACCAACUGUCAGGCGGAAGAUGCUAGAUAUCAAUCUUGAGGACACUAUCGACACAAGGCCACCCUUUGUUGUUAGAAAAGUGGGUUUUUAUUUUUUUAAAAUUAUAUAGCUAUUUAAAAAAAAUUGAUUUUAAUUUUUUUUCGUUUUUAAAAACCUUGGCAGGGUUUGGAAAAUUCCUGAUUCUCCUUCUUUAUAGCUAUUGUGACUACAUUUUCUUUCAUUUAGGGUUACUGCAUUAAUAAUAAUAAUGCCACAGAACAAGUGAGUAAAGGGUACUAUGUUUUUAAUUUGGUUACAUAAUUUUGGGGCUUUGGACUUUGUCAAUCUUUUAUGGUAUGGUUUACCUUUCACUUCUUUGUUUCAAUAUUAAAUUUAAAUCUUAAAGUUGUUUGUGUUAUAAAAUAAGUUUUUAACUGACAAGUUAUUGUGUCUCUGAUGUUAUUUGACAGCCCACAAUAAACUAAUGGUGCCAGUGCUUAUCAAACAGGUGAUUGUUACCAACCAGAUUUAUCCACAUGCAUGAGAGACUAUUUCCCACUUUGAUUAUGAGUGAUUUUAAAAAUAAAAUUGUUUAAACUUCUAUGGGCUGGUUACUUAGGGGUGGCAACUUAGGGCUGGCUUUUGGAUCGGUGGUUGUUCGUGGGACCACCACUUUUAGUAGUUCUGGCAUAUAUAGCUUACAGUUUCUGUCUGUAUAAAAAACUUUAAAUAAUGUAAGAUAGCUCUAGUAAGAAAAAAUUAAUGAUGUACCAAAACCCUAAUGUCAGAAAGAGGAUUUGCAGAAAAAUGUGGCGCGACAUAAAGUAUUUUAUGAGUGGAUUGUUGUUGAAUGAAUUCAUUGUUGGUUUAGCAUGUUAAUAUUUGUUAUAUAAUUCAGUUUCCCUAAUGCUUGUAAGUUGCUAAUGUUUUCUCUUACAACAACUUUAUUUAAAGAAAUAAACAUGUGGUGUAAUAAAUGCAAAUAUUAUUCUCCAACACAUUUUGUUAUUUCUAUUUAUAAAAUGCCAUAAAUUUGAGCUUUACACUGACCUAUGACUAUGAUGACACUAAACUAAAUGGCUUUAAAAUUAAGUCAUUUGUUUAAGUUUAGACAUUUCAACUGGUAAAUAAUAAAAGCAAGAACUAAGAAAGUGAUUGUGUUGUUUAUCCGCAAAUCUGGAUUAAUUCAAUGAUUAAGUGAAAUAAAUCUUUUAUAUGCAUGUACUCAAAUCCUUUUUGAUGGAGAACUGAAUAAUUUAUAACUUUUAUACUUAAAUGUUUAAGUAAAGUUCUAAGCUCAUCAUAGAAUUAAAGCAUUUUUAGAAACUAAUAAAAUAGUACUGAUAUAAUCUGUCCUUGAAUCAUAUCAUGUUAAAAAUACUAUCUUAUUUCCUAAAAGUUGACUGAGGACUUGAUAGGACGAGUACCUAAUGCCACAACCGACAAGAAUGCUAAAAGCAAACCAAAACGCAGCAGUUCUCCUUACAGGCCUGUCAGUCGCAGCAGUUCGCCUUAUAGGCCUGCUAGUAGGCAAAGUAGGUUAUUUUUUUUACAGAUUAAAUUUAUUGUUUGAGUCAAAUCAUAACAAAAACUUUUAAAUUUAAAUGUUUCAAGAAGCUGCAUAUUUAAUUUCUGAAAUGAAUUUAAUAUAAUUUAUGUUGUUUCUUUCAGAUGUUGAAGAUAACGAUAUAAACAUAUCCUACUCUUCAAAACCAAGUUAUCGUUUGACGAAGGUAGGUAAAUUGGACAAAAUUACAAUAAUUUGAAGACGGUACCGGUAAGUAAAUUUGAAAAAGGUACAUAAAUUUGACAGAGGUACGUAAAUUUGAACGAAGGUAAGCAAAUUUGAAAAUGGUAACUUGAUUUGAAAAAGGGAAGUAAAUUUGACAACGUUAAGUAAAUUCGACUGAAGUAAAAAUGUUUAGCAUUUACAUUCUUUUUUUUUUAAUUCCAUAACAAUAUUUCAACAUUAUUUUUAGGAGUUUUGAGGUUUCAACUUUUAAUUUUGUAUUAAAUUACUUUGUGCAUUUUUAUAACUAUUGAAAUAGAUAAAAUCUUGCAAUUUUGUCUGUGUUAUAGCAAGAACAUUUUUAAAUGUUUAUUUUUUUGGGUCGCUUUUCAUUUUUUAAAAAUUAAAUUAAAAACUUGAAAUAAAUUAUAACUAAAAAGAAACCAAUCAUGAUUAACUUCAGUUCACUCUCUAUGUCUUAGGUUAUUCGAGAACCCUUUGAGGAUCCAUUGCCAGUUUUCAAACCACGUUAUGGUUCUAAAAAUGAUGACGAUACAGGUAAAAGAGUUUUUUUUAAAAUGGUAAAAUGAAUUGAUUGUACUUACUUUCGCUGCAGUUUUUUUAUUGAAAAAAUUUACAUUUUUUUUCGAAGAGUGAAAAAGAGUGAGAGGUUGGGUUUAUUAUAAAAAUACCAUUAUUGUUUAAACCAUUAUUGUUUGGUUUAUAAGACUAAACUUGGUAUAAAAAAAAAAAAAAAGAUAAUUGAAAGGACUAUAUGUUUGUAAACUUAUUUCUUUAAUUCAAAUAAAUAAGUUACAGAAAAGAACCAGAAUAUGUGAAAACAUUAUAUGCUAAACCAUUUUUUCCCCAAACCCCAUGAUGUAGGCAUACCUCAUCCUCACUUCUAUAACUCAAAUCCUAUAAAACAACUACUUUAUAGUAAUCAUGCAAUGGAUCAAAAUAUAAAUCAUCUUCAAUAUCAAAAGAAAUAGUAUAAAACAAUUUCAAAACUUUUUUGAGCUGUUCAUCUAGGAAACUUACUCAUCUACUAGGGCCUAGAGUAGCCAUAGCAACAGUAGAAAAAAAGCAAAGAGAAUCAUUAAAAUGAUGCUUCAAAUGACAACAAAUAAACCUUGGUUUCGCUUAUAAACAAUGAAGUACCACUCUUGUAUGUAAAAGUCUUAUUUAAAAAUAGAACUUAAAAAGUUUAAACGAGAAAUAGCAAAGAAACAAACAUGAUAUUGAAACAACACACAGCCCGUUGGUCAGUGCUUUUGAAAACGGCGUAUGAACGCAACUAAGAGUUGGUGUUUUUUUUAAAACAGUUUGUUAUAAAGACUAUAAUUUUUCAGGUCUUUGCAGUAACUAAAAUCAUGGAUAUUAAAAGCUAAAUGGAUAUCUUCAUUCUUUAAGCAAAUUUAAAAUUAUAGAUUCUUCAAAUUGUAUAUAUCUUUUUAAAAUUUAGAUUUGGAAGUGGAAGAGCUAACAUCAACUAAGCCAUCAUAUAUUUCUCCUCGUCCACGAUCUGUGAGCCCAUUACUUUACAAAAGCAGUUUUAGGGAGCGGUAUGGUGACUCAGCCUACAGCCGACCAUUCACCCCAAGCUACUAUGAAAGACUGGCAGAAAGGGUUAGUUUUGGUCUUUAAAUGCUUUGUUCAUUUGCAAAACUUUUAUUGGAGAAAUAAAUUAGUCAUUAGUUAAUCUUCAUAUUAAUGUAAAAAUUUAUGUUUUAAUUAGUUAAUUUUGGUGCAAACAAACCCAAUCUGAAAGAUUGAAAGCACUGUGAAAGUAAUUUCAUUUGGACUUUGUAGUGAUGACGAAUAGAAACCAGCUAAGUAUAUAUUUUAAAUAAAUCUUAACUUAUAGGCAGUUUAUCACUCUUCCAUUUUAAAAAAUCGAUUGACCUUACUGAGCUAACUCAUUGAUAUUUUUAUCUCCUUGUAGGAGCUGGAAAGAGCAAGAGCUCGAAGAUUCUCUAAAUUAUACAGUAGUUAUUACAGCUCUUUAGAUGACCUUGACCUAGAGCUUAGGUUAGCAAGAAUCAGAGCUGGGCUGUAUUUUUAAUUACUAUUAGUUUCUGGUAAGUUUAAUUAUUAUCAAGUACAGGGUAUAUAUUUUGUAUCUUUGAUUUUAAAAUGAUGUCAGAUGCUGAUAUAACAAUUUAUAUUAAUGCUUAUUUAAAAUUUAGUUAAGUUAAUGUCAAUUUGAUUUCUUUAAAUAGACUUAGUUUAAUCUCCUAGUAAUCUACCUUUAUUUUUACUUCAUUUCAGUCCUGACAUUUGAGUUGAGUUUAAAUGACUACAAAGUGAUAAGAAAGGACACAACAAGAAAGGACACAAUGACACAAGACUUUACAAAAAAGGAAUAAAAGUGGCUAGCCCAAUUUUAACAUCAUACUCAGUAUGGCAGCAGCUUAGCACUGGACAAUCUAAUUGUAGUUCAUCAUUAUAAUUAUUGUAAUAUUUAACUUAUCCAAUUAUUUAAAAUUAAAAACACAUAAACCAGUCUUAAUGUUAAUUGUAUGGCUCUAAUUUCCUUCAAUUUCAACUAACACAAAUUAUUUCCUUUAAUGUGUUGUAGUUUUUGUUUUUAAAUAAAUUAGUUUGAACUAUUUAGUUUUGUGAAAAGAUAUGGAAAUCUAGUUUUUUUAGGUUUUGUAACUACAUAGUUUUUUUUUAAUUUACACAUAUUUAUACUUAUUUUUAAUUCAACUUAAGGAUAAAGCAGUUGAAGUUCAUUUUCUAUAUGAAACUAUUGUACUGUUAAGGUGAGCAUAAGUAUUGUAAUUAGGUGAAGUAAGCUAUUUGUCAGAAUUAAGAACAAAGUUGCCUCUAAUAUUGUAACAUCUCCUAAAAGAGAAGCAGUUUCUUAAACAGGAUCUUCUAUCCAUGAAAUUUUUUCUAGUCUGUCACACUCUUUUUAGUUUGCAUGUUCCCCGUCUAAUUAAAAAAUUUGCUGAUGUCCAAGUAAGCAGACAGCAAACUAGAAAUUAUAAAUAGCAUUCAAUAGAAGAUCAUUCAUAUUAAAAAUAUUAUGGGGUUUUCAAUUUAUUGCUGUCACUCUUUCCUGGCAAUGUAUGAAAACAUAUUAAUUUAAAAAAAACUCAAAUGGAGUUUAAUUCUUAAAAACGAAAGCAACCUUUAUUAAAAAUGCAUAGAAAUGCUUUUAUUAUUGGUAUGAGAAGAUAUAAUUUUACCUCACCAUUCCAAGAUGGUUAUUGAGCAAAUAGUGAAAGUAUAUCAUUAUUCACCAUUGAUAAAUAUAUUAUAUGAAUACCUUAAAGUCAAUAUGAUUCAUAGCUAGUUGUGUAUCUUUAGAAAUGUUAACUACAUUUUCACAUUUUGUGCCUUGGAUCCUUUGAAAAACUUUGUUUACAUUUCUCUAUUUUAUUUAAAGACUUUACUAUAUCUUAUCAUUAGCUGUUUUUAUUUUCGGGAAUAUGUCAGUGGGUAAAAGGUCUUUUUGUCUAUUAAUAUAAACAAAUGAAUUAUGAAAAUUAUCUAAACUGCCACCAAACUUUCAUAAUGAAAGCAAGCAUGUAAUGUUAUUCUGUAGUUACUGUAAAUUUUAAUCAUAACCAUCUGAUAUUUUAUAUUAAUUUUUUUUUUGAUAGAUAACCCUUAAUAUACAAAUUUUAAUACUUUAUUUACAAUUAAUGACUGUGAUAUUUUUUUCUUCAUCAUCAUAUCUCAUCUUUGAUCUUUUUUUUAAAGCAUAUGACAUCAAUAUCUGAAUGUGUUUACAGUUACAUUUAUUAUCAUAUACUCCUUUUCUUAACUAGAAAUAAAAUAUUCUAAUAGAAAAAGAUGUGUCUCAUAGGUAUAUUUUAUUAUUUUUUUCACUUUAUCAACAGCCACUCCUGAAUAAACUUUGAAUUUAAAAAAUGUACAAGUAUUUCACUGUUAUUAGGUUAAUUUGCACUUUUUUUUUAAAUAAACAAACUUAA